AUGGAAAGAUUUCAAGGCGAGGAGGAGCCCAAAGCUGCUGGUGAGUUCAGUGGUGCUGCCUAUCUCAGGCUGACGCUGGUGGCUCCGUCGGCCUUAGACUCUGUCUUAACUCAGCAAUUCCUGCGCACCGUGAGAGUCCCCCGUGCCGUAGCUGACACAGCAAGCACCAUCACCGCCCUUGCUGUAACUACUGAGUGUGACACGCUGCAGUGGGGCAGCCGGGAGUGCCGCUGCCUCCCAGGCUACCAGUGGAGCGGCAGCAUCUGCAAGCGCUUCCAGGCCUGUGGGGGCCUUUUCCAGGCCUUUGCCCCUCCCAUCUUCUCGUCCCCUUGUGACUGUCUCCGCUGGACUUCUCCAGAGCCUGGCUACUGCGUGCCGCUGCUGGAGGCUUCCACAGUCUCAGACAGCCAACACCUGCCUCCAAAACACGUCUCUGUGGGGGCAGGCGAAGAUCUGACUCUCUCCUUCAGCCUGAAGGAAGGUGCCACGGAUGUGAAGUUCUACCUGACCAGCUCUGAGGAAAGCAUAACCAAGGAGAUCUGCAAUGGGACGCAAGCGAUGCUUCUGCGGAACGGCUCAGUGGCUAUGCUGAGGAUCUCCUCUGUCUCCCCAGACUGGGCUGGGGAGUAUAUCUGCCGUUACUGGCAUGAAAGCACCCUGCAUGAGUUGACCCAGGUGGUCACUGUCCCCGUCGCUGCAGACGUCACCCAGACUCUGUCACAGGUCUCCAUGAACUGCAGCUCUCCUGAGAAGCUGACUCUGCAGUGCUGCAUUCAGCACAGAGGCAAAGAUUUCAGAGCAUCCUGGAACCCUGGCGCUCCAGCCCCAGCUGACCUGGUGGGCACCGAAGACCCGCUCUGCCACUUCCUCACCCUGGAUUCCUGCCCCAGCCGUGACACCACCUAUCAGUGCCAGUUUGAGAGUGACAGUCUUGGAUCUGUACAGACCACGGUGCUGAAAGACCUCUCCAAACCCCACUGUGUCUUCUGGGAUCACAGCCUGCUGGAAGGGGUGGGCGGCUGGUCGACCGAGGGAUGCCAGACCUCUAGCAGCAAAAUGGCCACCAAUUGCUCUUGCCGCCACCUCACUUCCUUCUCCAUCCUCAUGUCCGCCAACCCUGUGCCCAGCAGCUUUGCCUUGACCUUCCUGAGCAAGUUUGGCAUCUGUGCCUCCAUCCUGGCCCUGGUCGCCACCCUCACCAUCUACUAUCUCAUCUGGACGUCAGUGGUGAAGAAUAAGGUGGCCUACUUCCGCUACACCUCGCUGGCCAACAUUUCACUCUCUCUGCUGAUGGGGAACUUCUGGUUUCUGGGUGCCUCCCAGCUGACAGCUCAUCCUGAGAGCAAGCUCUGCGUGGCUGCUGCAUUCUUCACCCACUUCUCCUACCUGGCCACGUUCUUCUGGAUGCUGGUCCAAGCCUUCCUGCUCUUUCACCAGCUAGUCUUCGUGUUCCACCCGUUGACCAUCCGCACCGUCGUACCUGCCAUGGUCACAGUGGGCUACCUGUGCCCCUUUGUCAUUGCGGUGGCUACCGUGGCUGUCUUCUGUCCCAAGCAAGGCUACAUCCAAGAGACGUUCUGCCGGCUCAGUUGUCGCAGCAAAGCCAUCUACACCUUCUCCGUGCCAGUCCUGGUCAUUGUGACGGCCAAUGUCCUCAUCCUCUUUGUGGUGCUGCUCACGCUCGUGAGACCCUCAGUGUCGGAGGGACCCAAGGGGGAGGAAUGGAAGGCACUGUUGGGCAUCUUCAAAGCCCUGCUCAUCCUCACGCCAGUCUUUGGGUUGACCUGGGGACUGGGGAUCAUCACCAUGACAAUGGAUGCCUCUGCGCUUACCCAUUGUGCAUUUACCGUUCUGAAUUCAUUCCAGGGGGUCUUCAUCCUGCUCUUUGGCUGCCUUAUGGACAAGAAGGUGAGGGGAGCCUUGUACAAACGUCUGUGCGAGAUACCCAUUCCCAGCCGAAGCAUGUUUAAGAGCCAGAGUGAAACUUUGGACUCCAAGCUCAGCAACUAA